UCCACUUUCCGGUCAACUGUUUCGACUCUUUUCCCUUCACAAUUACCAAACUGCCACUAUUCCCUCCAUCUCCGGCGAACUCUCCGGGGAACCGCCAUUCUUUCCGGCCAUCACCUCCGCAUUAACUCCCCCCUCCCUUUUUUCCUUUCACUAACUAAACCCUCCUCAUUUAUUACUAUCCCUCUUUAUUAGGUUGUGCUCUUAAUGUACUCUCACCGCCACCGGUGAUCUCACCGCCAUGCCGGUGCUCCUCCUCAUCCUCCUCCUCCUCCUCAGCCCUCCGCCGGCGACGCCGGCAUUCACCCAGAACCUCACCUCCGGCUCCGAUCUCGCCGGUCUCUUCAGUCUCCGCGCCUCUCUUGGUCUCCGCUCCCGCGACUGGCCCCGCCGCGCCGACCCUUGCACUUCCUGGUCCGGCGUCUCUUGUCGCUCCGGCCGCGUUCGCUCCUUGACUCUCUCCGGCCUCCACCGCACUCGCCUCGGCCGUAUCUCCCCUCGCUUCGCCGUCGAUGGGCUUCAGAAAAUCUCCCUCCUUGAGACCUUCAACUCCUCCGGCUUCUCUCUCCCUGGAUCCAUCCCGGAGUGGUUCGGCUCCCGCCUUCCCCGCUCCCUCACCGUGCUCGACCUCUCCCGCUGUGACAUCACCGGAGGCAUUCCUGACUCCCUCGGCGGUAUCUCCAGGCUCGUGCGCCUCUCUCUCGCUGGAAAUCGCAUCACCGGCGCCAUCACACCGUCGCUUUCUCAGCUCUCCAACCUCACCCUUCUCGACCUAUCUUCCAACUCCCUCUCCGGUUCGAUUCCCUCAUCCUUUGGAACCCUAACCAAUCUCCAGACUCUAAUCCUCUCCAGCAACACCUUAUCAGGUCCGAUCCCUCCUCAGCUCGGCAACCUCUCUCGCUUAGCAUCCCUCGACCUCAGCCUCAAUUCGCUUCUCGGUUCUCUCCCAGUUGAUUUAGCAAACCUCAGAAGCUUGCAACGUUUGAAUCUCGCCGGCAAUUCACUCUCCGGGACACUCUCUAAGAGUUUCUUCUCCAGGCUCUCACAGCUCCGUUCAAUCUCGUUGAGCCGGAAUAACUUCUCUGGUGAAAUCCCAGAGUCUUUGUGGUCUCUUCCGGCGCUUGGAUUCGCUGAUCUCUCGCAUAACAACUUCACUGGACGCCUCCCUGAGCUCGCGCCCAUCAAUGCUGGUAGUGGGAUCAAUGUCACCGGAGGCUCCUUCAAGCUCUCCAAUAAUUCUUACUAUGGCCCCAUUCCUUCAGUGUUUGGGAUCCUUUUUGCAAGGUUUAGUGUUGUGGAUCUCUCUGUGAAUUACUUCCAAGGCUUAGAGCCUGUUGGAUAUGGCAGCAAGAAUACAUCUUUUGUGGGGAAUUGCUUCCAGGAUGCAUUGAAACAGAGGAGCACUGCAGAGUGUUCGGCAUUCUAUGCGAAGCAAGGCCUGCCUUUUGAUGACCCUACAACCGCCACAGGACCAUCUGCUUCGCCUGGGAGGAAGAAAGGAUGGAGUGUGAAGUAUAUCUUGAUUGGAGUUUUCAGUGGCAUUGCAUUUCUUGUGCUCGUGGUGAUUGUUGUUGUGUUUUGCAUAAUGAGGAGAGGCGGCCUGGCUGCGGAACGGAGGGAAAGGAGUGCGAAUGUUGUGCCAUCUGGAGGUCCGUUGCCACCUGCUGGAGUUUCUGUCAACCCGUCUGCUGUGGGUGAUUCGUUUACCUAUGAUCAGUUGUUUCGGGCAACGUCAGAAUUCAGUGAUGCAAACCUUAUCAAGCAUGGCCAUUCGGGAGAUCUCUACCAUGGUGUUUUAGAAGGUGGGGCUCAUGUAGUGGUGAAGAAGAUUGAUUUGCUUACAGUUAAGAAGGAAGCUUAUGUGGUGGAAUUGGAUCUUUUCACCAAGGCUUCACAUACAAGAUUGGUUCCACUCUUAGGACAUUGCUUGGAGAAAGAGAAUGAGAAGUUUCUUGUUUAUAAAUUUAUGCCCAAUGGGGAUUUGUCUAGUGCAUUGUAUAGAAAGAAUGGAUUGGAAGAAGAUGGCUUGCAAUCUUUGGACUGGAUAACAAGGUUGAAGAUUGCAACAGGGUUGGCUGAGGCUCUAUGUUUCCUUCAUCAUGAAUGCAAUCCGCCGCUGGUUCAUAGAGAUGUUCAAGCCAGCAGUAUCCUUCUUGAUGAUAAAUUUGAAGUGCGGCUUGGCAGUUUAAGUGAGGCGUCUGUUCAAGAAGGGGAUGGCCACCAGAAAGUCAUCACAAGACUCUUGCGACGGUCCCAGACUUCUGAAGCAGGCAAUUUUGGUUCCCCUUCUCCGACAUGUGCCUACGAUGUUUAUUGCUUGGGAAAAGUAUUGCUUGAACUAGUGACGGGAAAACUUGGCAUGAGUGGCUCCAACAAUGUGACCACAAACGAGUGGUUGGACCAUACACUACCUUACAUCCACAUUUACGAUAAGGAACUUGUGAUUAAAAUUCUCGAUCCAUCUCUUAUUGUGGAUGAAGACCUCUUGGAGGAAGUAUGGGCAAUGGCAAUCGUUGCGAAGUCAUGCCUGAAUCCAAAGCCUUCCAAGCGGCCACUUAUGAGGUACAUCUUAAAAGCAUUGGAGAACCCACUUAAGGUAGUGAGGGAGGAAAACAAUUCUGGCUCUGCCCGGCUAAGGACUACAUCUUCCCGUGGUUCUUGGAAUGCUGCAAUAUUUGGGAGCUGGCGUCGCAGCUCCUCUGACAUUGCGAUGCCACCUAGGGAUGAUCGCGGCUUAAGGCGCUCAGGAACUAUGGGGUCUCAAGGUAGCGGAGGUGAACACUCAUUCAAUCAUAAGAGGCCCUCCAGAGAAAUUUUCCCAGAGCCAACAGCGCGGGAAACAUAUGAUUGAGUAGAUUUUAUUAAGGCAGGCAAGCUUCCUGUUCAAGUGCCGGAUUUUUUUUGGAUCAAAUGGUUCAAUUAAUGAAGUAAAUAGAUCAUGUGAUUUUUUUCUCUUCAUUCCUAUGCCUGUGAUUACUUUGCUCGACGCAUUCUAAAUGAUAUAUGGCGGAAGAAGGAGAGAGGGUUCUGAUGCUGCUGCUGCUGCAGGGUGCUGAACCUUUUGUCGAAUUGCGAAAAGGAAAAUUGUGCUAGUUUUUUUCCCUCAUUUUUCCAAGUUAAAAUUUGGUUAUUUGUUAGGUAAACAAAGUUCAUUAUAUUCUCUCUAUUUUUUUUUUAUUUUUAUUUUUUUGGGUGAUCUAUUAUUCUUCAUUGGUGGCUUUGAGGAAGUGUAUAUUUUGAUGGCUUUGUUAAAGUUCUUUGAACGCAGAUUCUACUAUUUUUUGUCAAGGACUAAACAAGAAUAG